AGGAGUCCCUUCUUCUUCUUCUUCUUCAUCUCCUUGUGCAUACAUUACGAGGAGACUUUCGUAAGAGAUAUCAGAGAGAGCUUUUGAUAUAACAAUCAUGCCUGCGGGAGGCUUCUCCGGUCCUAAGGGUGGAGGCACUGAAUUCGAGGCCAAGAUCACGCCCAUCGUCAUCAUUUCAUGCAUUAUGGCCGCCACGGGAGGCCUCAUGUUCGGUUACGACGUCGGUGUUUCAGGUGGUGUUACAUCCAUGCCCUCCUUCCUGAAGAAAUUUUUCCCGGUUGUUUACCGGAAGACUAAGAAUGAAAUUGACAGCAAUUACUGCAAAUACGAUAAUCAAGGUCUUCAAUUGUUCACAUCAUCGCUGUACCUCGCCGGUUUAACCUCAACAUUCGUCGCGUCCUUCACGACCAGAAAGCUAGGCCGGAAGCCAACCAUGUUGAUCGCCGGAGUUUUCUUCCUGUGCGGGACCGUCCUUAAUGCCGCGGCGCAAGACCUUGCCAUGCUCAUUAUUGGUAGGAUCUUGCUUGGAUGUGGAGUCGGUUUUGCUAAUCAGGCGGUGCCACUGUUCCUUUCGGAGAUUGCGCCCACAAGGAUACGCGGAGGUUUGAACAUUCUCUUUCAACUGAACAUCACCAUUGGCAUUCUCCUCGCAAACCUCAUCAAUUACGGUACCAAUAAAAUCACAGGGGGAUGGGGUUGGAGGCUGUCAUUGGGUUUGGCUGGCAUUCCUGCAGGUCUCCUAACCUUGGGGGCUAUCUUUGUGGUGGAAACUCCCAACAGUCUGAUAGAGCGUGGUCGCUUGGAAGAAGGAAAGUCUGUGCUUAGAAGGAUUCGAGGCACUGACAAUAUUGAACCCGAGUUUUUGGAGCUUGUUGAGGCUAGUCGUGUGGCUAAAGAAGUGAAGCACCCCUUCAGGAAUCUCCUCAAGCGGAGGAAUCGCCCCCAGCUCAUCAUUGCAGUAGCCUUGCAGAUCUUCCAGCAAUUCACCGGCAUCAAUGCAAUCAUGUUUUACGCUCCCGUUCUGUUUAACACCUUGGGAUUUGGGAAUGAUGCUGCCCUUUACUCAGCCGUUAUAACUGGAGCUGUUAAUGUCGUCUCCACCGGUGUAUCCAUCUACUCAGUCGACAAAUUGGGUCGUCGCAUUCUCUUAUUGGAAGCUGGCAUCCAAAUGUUCCUUGCUCAAGUGGCGAUCGCAAUCAUUCUAGGACUUAAGCUUAAAGACAACCCUGCUGAGAGUACCCUUCCCAAAGGUCUUGCAAUCCUGGUAGUUGUCUUUGUGUGCAUGUUUGUGUCAUCCUUUGCAUGGUCUUGGGGACCUCUCGGGUGGCUGAUCCCAAGUGAGACAUUCCCGCUGGAGACUCGCUCGGCAGGGCAGAGUGUGACCGUGUGUGUCAACUUGCUCUUUACUUUUGUUAUAGCGCAGGCAUUCCUCUCUAUGCUCUGCCAUUUCAAGUAUGGCAUAUUCCUUUUCUUCUCCGGCUGGGUUUUCAUCAUGUCAGUCUUCGUGUUGUUUCUGCUCCCGGAGACCAAAAAUAUCCCUAUUGAAGAGAUGACAGAGAGGGUGUGGAAGCAGCACUGGCUUUGGAAGAGAUUUAUGGAUGACCACGAAGGCGGAGGAGCUGUUUUCAACGGUCUCUCUCCAGGUCUCCAUUUUCGGCACUCUGUCCAUGUUCUCUUUCUCUCUCUGUCUCUCUGUGAGUCGUAAUAAUCAGCUGGAAAUUUCUUCUGUACGGUGGUGCAGUGGUAAUCCGUUGGGCAUCUCCUCCAUGCUGUGGUAAUCAACUCCCUAGACAAGUGCAGCACGAUGCAACAUCCUUUACACUAUUUGGGAGGAUGAUGUACAGUUAUUUGAUACAAUGAUGUUUGCUAAUUUUACCAUCUCUUGUAAUCUUUUCCCCUGGAAUAGAUAGUGGCGUUCUUAGCUAUGUGUUGCAAAAAUUUACUCUUACAAGCUCGGUUUGGGUGAAAUUUGUGAUUGAUUUCUCUUGGAUGAAAUGUAUUAUGUACUUUUUGCAACAUUUGUUCAAGAAAAAUAGAGCUUAGGGGCCUUUUCAGCUGAGAGGAAGAUGAGAGUGAAGCUUGAAGGAGGAUAAAUGUGUUCUGACUUCCUCUAUCUAUGUUGAUUUGUGCUAUGUGCUGCAAUGAGCAAGAUCUUGAUAUUUUUUCUUGA